CCUGAGUAGGCGGUUCAGAGUCCGUUUCCGGGAGGCUGAGCCCUAGGACCCAUCCGGUUGCCGAGUCUCCCUCCGGGCGGGCCGUCGCUUUGCCCGGGGCGUGCAGACCCACUACUAUGGGCGGCGGCGCGCGGGACGUGAGCUGGGUGGCUGCAGGCCUGGUCCUCGGGGCCGGGGUCUGCUACUGCGCUUACAGGCUGACACGGGGCCCGCCACGAGGCCCCCGCAAGCUGCAGCGGCGCCCCUCCAAGUCGGCAGAAAACUUAACCACUGAUUCCUGUGAUAAUAUCCUAAAUGCUGAGCAACUGCAGAAACUCCUUUACCUGCUUGAGUUCACCGAAGAUCCUGAAAUGAUUGAACGAGCUUUGGUCACAGUGGGUAACAAUGCAGCCUUUUCAACUAACCAGGUCAUUAUUCGUGAGUUGGGUGGUAUUCCAAUCAUCGGAAAGAAAAUCAACCAUCUUAACCACAGUAUCAAAGAGAAAGCUUUAAAUGCCCUGAAUAAUCUAAGUCUGAAUGUUGAAAAUCAAGCUGAGAUAAAAGAGUACAUCAGUCAGGUUUGUGCAGGUGUCUUCUCUGACCCCCUGAACUCAGCCGUGCAGCUGGCCGGACUGAGACUGCUCACGAACAUGAUGGUGACCAACGAAUACCAGCACAUGCUCCGUUGCCACAUCACAGACCUGUUCCAGGUGCUGCUCACCGGAAAUGAAAGCACCAAGGUUCAGGUUUUGAAAGUGCUCGUGAAUUUGUCUGAAAAUCCUGCCAUGACAGAAGAACUACUUAGUGCUCAAGUGGAUUCAGCCUUCCUUUCCCUUUAUGAUAGUCACGUAGCUAAGGAGAUUCUUCUCCGAGUUCUUACAUUAUUUCAUAAUAUAAAUAACUGCCUCAAAAAAGAAGACCGGCUAGCUCUUCAGUCUAAGUUCACUAAAGGUUCAUUGUUUUACCUGUUAUAUGGAGAAGAAUUUGCUCAGAAGUGAGAGCUUUAUUGAAUCACCACCAUGUAGAUGAGACAGAAAAGAGAUAGAACCGAGGACUUAACCUACAUGAGGUUUGCACUUUCCCAUCCCGUUUGCUGGCGUAUUUUUGGACCACUGUACUGAUUCCAAAGGAGUCUGAGCUUGUUCUAAAGCUGCUUUUCAUGUUGCUACCUGUUUGCUGAGAUACUCCAAUUAUUUACAUGAAUGACAGUGACCUUUCUCUGUGGAGGCUGUUUUGCUGGAAGGUGAUACACAGUUGCUGGUCUGAGACAGUGUGAGGAUGUGAGCUGUUGUCACAGAACUGCCAUGGAAUGACUAUUUUGAUUGUGAGGACAUCUGAAGGUCAUCUCAGGUCUACUUGCCAGCCCAGCCACACAUACUGUUCUUAAAUUUCUCUUCAAAUCAGUGAAAACAUUAAACCUUCAGGAGAUAUGUUUUUCCUAAAACACCUUUACCCACUCCCAUUCAGUGUACUUGUAUAUAAAGAAACACUGUAAGACACUGGCAUCCCUCAGAAUGUCUCUCCAUAGGGUACUAGUCACAUCAAGUGUCAUGGAAUUCCCAGCACUGCAUCCAAGGCACCACCCAAGUCUCCACCAGGUGUGGGCCCCAGGCCACA